AGCAAAAGCUGAAGAGAAGAAGAGAACACUCUUUUUCGUGCAGCAAGCAAGCAAUUAACUGCAAACUUUGCAUUUCCAUCUUCGAAAGGUUGAGCAAGUUCUUGUGCCUGGUGCAGUGAGUAGUUGUUCGGUGUAUGAGACUGGCGGGAGGGAAAUGGGGAAGGGGAGGCCGAGGGCGGUGGAGAAAGGAGUUCUAGUGCAGAACUCGAGCUCAUCGUCGGAGGCAUCUUCUAGUUCAUUGAACGUGCCGCCCGCGCCGGUUUAUUACCCGAGCGAGGAGGAAUUCAAGGAUCCGUUAGAGUAUAUUCAUAAGAUCAGAACUGAGGCCGAGAGGUAUGGAAUUUGUAGGAUUGUGCCUCCCCAGGGGUGGUCUCCACCUUUUGCAAUUAACUCGGAUAGUUUUAGUUUCCCGACGAAAACACAGGCCAUUCAUCAACUGCAGGUGCGGCCUGCUUCGUGUGAUUCGGAGACGUUUGAGUUGGAGUACACUAGGUUUCUUGAGGAGCAAGGCGGCAGGAAGUCGAGGAAGAAGAGGGUGGUUUUCGAAGGGGAGGAUUUGGAUUUGUGUAAACUGUUUAAUGCGGUUAAGAGGUUUGGAGGAUAUGAUAAGGUUCUGGAUGACAAGAAGUGGGGGGAGGUGUCCAGGUUUGUGAAGUCCGGUCAGAAGGUUUCCGAGUGUGGAAAACAUGUCUUGUGUCAAUUGUACCGAGAACAUUUGUAUGAUUACGAGAAGUAUUAUAAUCUGUUAAAUAAAGAUGCGAGAAAGAGUUCUAAGAGGAGCUUGCAAAAUGAUAGGAAAGUUAGUGAUCAGGUUGAGUUUUCUUUCUCAAAAAGGAGGAGAAAGAAUGCCAAUGGUGACAAGACUAAGGUUUGUGAAGAGGUAGUGAAGGAGGAGAACCUUGAUCAGAUAUGCGAGCAGUGCAGAAGUGGUUUGCAUGGUGAACAAAUGCUUUUGUGUGAUAGGUGUAAUAAAGGAUGGCACAUCUAUUGUCUGUCACCGCCGCUAAAGCAAAUCCCUCCUGGAAAUUGGUAUUGCUUUGACUGUUUGAAUUCUGAGAAGGACAGUUUCGGAUUUGUGCCUGGCAAGAAGUUUAUGAUAGAUGCAUUCAGGCGUGUAGCUGAUCGAGCCAAGAGGAAGUGGUUUGGUUCAGAGUUUGUUUCACGUGUUCAAGUUGAGAGCAAAUUUUGGGAGAUUGUGGAGGGGUUGGCAGGUGAAGUUGAAGUUAUGUAUGGAAGUGACUUGGAUACUUCUGUGUAUGGAAGUGGGUUUCCUCGAUUAAAUGAUCAAAGGCCAGAAUCAGUUGAUCCUGAGUUGUGGGAUGAAUACUGUUCCAGCCCGUGGAAUCUUAAUAAUUUGCCAAAGCUGAAAGGCUCCAUGCUUCAGGCUGUUCAUCAAAACAUUACUGGUGUGAUGGUGCCCUGGCUGUAUGUUGGCAUGCUGUUUUCAGCAUUUUGUUGGCAUUUCGAAGAUCACUGCUUUUACUCAAUGAAUUAUCUUCACUGGGGAGAGCCGAAGUGCUGGUACAGCAUUCCUGGCAGUGAAGCUGGUUCUUUUGAGAAGGUAAUGAAGGAAAGUCUUCCUGAUCUGUUCGAUGCGCAGCCUGAUUUACUCUUCCAGCUUGUCACUAUGCUGAAUCCAUCUGUGUUGCAAGAGAAGGGGGUCCCAGUAUACAGUGUACUUCAGGAGCCUGGAAAUUUUGUCAUCACGUUCCCUAGGUCUUACCAUGGAGGUUUCAAUUUUGGUCUGAAUUGUGCAGAAGCUGUGAAUUUUGCUCCUGCUGACUGGCUACCUCAUGGAGGGUUCGGGGCCAAGCUGUAUCAGAUGUAUCAUAAAACUGCUGUUUUAUCUCAUGAGGAGCUUCUCUGUGUUGUAGCCAAGGGUGAUUAUGAUAGCAAAGCCUCACCUCACUUGGUUAAAGAGUUGCUUCGGGUGUACACAAAAGAGAAAUCAUGGAGAGAGAAACUAUGGAGGGGCGGCAUUGUCAGAACAUCUCGCAUGCCUCCUCGGAAAUGCCCCGAAUAUGUUGGUACCGAAGAGGACUCAACAUGUGUUAUCUGCAAGCAGUAUCUAUAUCUUUCUGCUGUUUCUUGCCGUUGUAGGCGUUCUGCGUUUGUUUGUCUUGAGCACUGGGAGCACUUAUGUGAAUGCAAGUCAAUUAGACGCCGCCUUCGCUAUCGCCAUACUCUGGCAGAAUUGCAUGGAUUGGUGCGGAUGGUGGAUAGACGCAUUUCCGAGGAGAGAGUGCAAAAUUAUAGUAUUCGCAAGCAAAUUACGUAUUCAAAUGAUCUAACUGCCCUAACGAAGAAGGUUAAAGGUGUACUCGUAAGUCUGCCCCAACUUGCUGAACAGUGGAUUUUGCGAUCCUGUAGGUUCCUCGAGAAUCAAUAUAGCAGUGGCACAUGCGUGAGCUUGUUGAAAGAAGCUGAACAGUUUCUUUGGGCUGGUUCUGAGAUGGAUGCAGUACGUGAGGUUGUGCAGAAGGUGAUUGUCGCUAAGGAAUGGGCAGAAGGGAUAAAGCACUGUCUUCACAAAAUUCAAAACUGGACAAGUGACAAACUGAAUGAUUUGGAGAGAGUCCAUAUGGAGCAUGUGAAUGAGCUACUAUCGCAUGAUCCUGUACCCUGUGAUGAGCCUGGUCGUCACAAAUUGCAGGAGCAUGCAGAUGAAGCUAGGCUGCUGAUUCGGGACAUUGAGACUGCUCUGUCAUCGUGCUCAGAGAUCUCGAAACUGGAGUCUGUAAAUUCACGGGCCUGUGAGUUUCCAAUCUAUGUAAAAGAAAGUGAGAAGUUGUCUAAAAAAGUUUCAUCAGCGAAGGUCUGGAUAGAUCAAGCAAGGAAGUCUCUUGCUGGUGAAUGUUCUACUGUAGUGGAUGUCAAUAGUCUAUACAAGUUAAAGUCAGAGAUAUUGGAUCUUGAGGUUGAACUUCCAGAAGUAGAGAUGCUUUCAAGUCUGAUAGAGAAGGCUGAAUUAUGUCAGCUUCAGUGUAGUCACGUUCUACAAGCUCCUUUAGUUCUUAAGGAUGUUGCUUCUAUUAUUCAAGAAUUCGGUGAUCUUAACAUUAAUGUACCAGAGUUUAUGCUUUUGAAGCAAUAUCACAGUGAUGCAGUUUCAUGGAUUUCACGCCGUGAUGAUGUUUUGAGCAACAUUCUUGAAAGGGAAGAUCAAUGCAAAGUUAUCGAGGAACUAAAUUGUCUAAUAAAAGAUGGAGCUUCUAUUAGAAUUUCUGUUGAUGGGUUGCCUCUUCUUGAGAGUGAGUUGAAGAAGGCUUGCUGCCGAGAAAAGGCUCUGAAGGCACGUGACACUAAAAGGCCACUUGAGUUAAUUAAGGAACUGGUUGAGGAGGCAACUAUGCUACAUAUAGAGAGCGAGAAGGCUUUUGUUGACAUAUCUGACAUGCUUGCUGCUGCUCUUUGUUGGGAAGAAACUGCAAAACAACUUCUUGCACAUGGUGCCUCAUUGUGCAAGUUUGAGAGCCUCAUAAGGAGUUCUUCAGACAUAUUCAUCCUUCUGCCAACUUUGGACGAUGUCAACAAUGCCGUUCUCAAGGCCAAGUGUUGGUUGAAGGAAGCUGAAGCAUUUUUAUCAUGUUCUUCCUCACCAGCUACUGGCUCCAGCUCUCUACUUAAACUUGAUCAUUUGAAGGGUUUGCUUGGGCAGUCAAACUGGCUCAAGGUAUCAUUGGCUGAAUUUGAAAGGCUUCAAGUGAUUCUCAGGGACUGUGAGGAAUGGGAGAAGGUGGCUCGCUCUGCACUGAAUGAUGCCAUCUGCAUAUUUAAUGUGGGUGACAUUAUGGUCCCCGAGAAGAGCAGUGAACUUGUGUCAGAAAUUCAAUGUUUACAUAGUAGAAUGGAAUCCAUUAAAGUAGCUGGUUCUAGUCUCCGAUGUGACCUUCCUGAGAUUUUAGAAGUUCAGAAUGCAUCGUCGACGCUACAAUGGUGCGCCAGGGCUCUUUCUCUCUGCACAAGUGCUCCAUCAUGGCAGGAUGUCCAGAAUUUGAUUAAAGAUUUUGGCAGCCUUUCUGUUGCACAUGUGUCCAAAGGAUUGUGUAGCUCAUUGAUCAGUGGAGUCAAAUGGCUUCACAAAGCCUUUGAUGCAAUCUCUUUGCCAACUGAAUCUGGAAGAUGCAGUUUCAGUCACGCAGAAGAAGUUCUUGCCGAAUAUCAAUGUAUUGCUAAUAUUUUUCCUAUGAUGAUGGUUGAUCAACUAGUUAAUGCUAUUGGCAAGCACAAGCAGUGGAAAGAAAGAGUUGAUCGGUUUCUCAGCCUUAGUCCCGGGCUUCGAUCUUUGUCCGAAAUGCAAGAGCUCGAGGAACUUGGAAGGGCUGCUGCCUUUGGUUGUGGAGAACUGGAAUUAAUUUUAUCUGAAUCUAAAAAUGUGGAAGAAUGGAAACGACGAUGUGCUGAAAUAGUAGGAGAAUCUUUAGAUGACAAGGCAGCAUUGCUCCGUGCUUUACAGAAGAUAAUUACAUCAUUGGAUCUGUCUAUGUGCAUAUUUGACAAAUCUGAGAGAUGUGGAGGAAAAUUUGUAAAUAUGUGCUGCACCAGGAUUCUUGAUGACCAAGAGUCUAUAAUCUGUUCGAGCUGUAAAAACCGUUAUCAUCUGGAGUGCCUGGAUCCACUUUUAGCUGAUGCAGAAGUUGCAGCAACAUACAUAUGCAUUUAUUGUCAAUUUCGGAAUUCUGGGAUAAAAGUCCCAAAGGGAGGACAUAUAUUUUCGGGGGCGAAAAAAGCAGAGUUAAGUCUUCUGGUGGAACUUCUAUCUCUGUCUGACAGUUUUUCUGUAAGGAUCAAUGAAGUAGGAGUACUGCAAGAGAUUGUGGAAAAAGCUCUCAUAGUUAGAAAAGGCCUGAAAGAAGUUGCGGAAUUUGUAUUGUCAUACAAGGAUAAGGACCUGAAACCGGUUUCUGAAAAGCUCGCUAUUGCCUUGAAGGCUAUAGAGGCUGCUGGCGUCUACGAUCAUGAGGUCGAUGGUGAUUUUCAGCUUGCUGUAGCUAGACAUUCGUGGAAGGUUAGAGUUGACCAAAUUUUGGCAAGUGGAUUGAAGAAACCGACACUGCAAGAGAUUCAUCACCUCAUGGAAGAGGCAUUCACCACGGACAUAAGUCCCGAAGAUUACUUCAGGUUGAGGCUGUCUGAACUGAAAGAUACCGCCACGCAUUGGGCUGAUCGUGCUAAUAAGGUUUCGAACGACUCUGGUGCUCUUGCCUUGGAUAAAGUCUUUGAGCUCAUCUCGGAAGUGGAGAAUUUGCCUUUUCACUUGGAGGAGGAACUCGAGUCGCUAAGAGCUAGAAGCAAGCUGUACUGUAUAUGUCGAAAACCUCGGGACAAUGGACCGAUGGUCACUUGUGCCAAAUGUGAAGAGUUGUAUCAUGGGGAGUGUAUAAAGCUAGCGCCGCCGCCGCGGCCGAUAUACAUAUGUCCUGCCUGUAAAACUGGAUCAGAAUCAGAAGGAGAAGAGCUGCUGCGGUUAGCUACGCCGUUAGAGAUGGAAGAAGACGAUAAGAUUCUGUACCUUGCUAUGAAAAGAUCAUCGUCAGACAUGUCGAAAGUCGAGGUGGAGCCAAAGACGCCGUCGCCACGGUCCAGCCACGUGAAAGUGGGGCGAAUUGCAACGAAGAGCCAGAACAAGAAGUCCGGCGCCAGUCGUAAUGGAGACAAUAAUGGAGGCAGGCGUUCUUUAUCCACUGGAAUUGAUCGGUUAUGGUGGCGCAACAGGAAGCCUUUCAGGAGGGCUGCUAAGAAACGGACUCAGCUCCAGUCCCUGACUCAAUUGUUUCUUGUAAACCAAUAAUCCCAUGUAGCAGGAAAGGACGUAGUGGAUACCUUUUUUCUAAUUCUAAUUCUAAUUCUGAUUCAAUUCAAUUGAUUCAUUUCUUCUGAGUUUAGUUUUAUGGUGUCAUCAUGUAUAAUAACCACUCUGCUGCCUUGUGAGAAAGAACUGCCAUUAGGUAAAGGUGUUAUUUGUCAAGGCUGUCAAUUGGUAAAGGUGUAAUUAUCAUAAGACCAAUAGUAAUUAUGUUAGCAUGGUACUAACAUAUCGUGGUGUUAGCAUCCUAUCCGAUUCUAGAGAAUGCGAUGACAUGCAACCACCGAGGGGUUAGCAUGGUGCGAACCCUUGUAAAUUGUAAUUAUACGUCCAAUAUUUUUCUCUUUGGUCUAACGGUGUGUUUCUUGGAUAUUUUGAGAUUUA